AUAGGUUAGUAUUGCGAUGAAUCUUGCGUAGAUAUUUUCACAUGACUUUUACAUUAAUCAUUAGACUUUUACAUACAAUGACUUCCUCUUUGGUUCCCCUCAAUGUUCGUGGUAUGAAGGUCCUUGACCGCUCAAAAUUCUUGCGUAACAUCAAAGUGCCAGUGUUGAAGGUCAGUGAACAGACAUUGGCGAAAAUUACACCACUCUGCAAGUCUUACUUUUUAAAACUGGAACGAUUCAAGCCGGUACAGAGCUCGAAGCUGGACGGAGAGGAGUCCAAAAAAAACAUUUACUUGAACCCUGAUACUAUAAACAGUUGGACUGAUAUUGAAGAAAAUGUUCGGAAGGACAUGUCCGUCUUCGAGGUCAAUGAAUCCAACUUUAAUACCCAAGAAAUACAACUGACAUACGAUAAUUGGAGUUUUGACAUCAUUUUCAAUGCUGUCUUACCUGAAAAUGAAGAAAAACUAAGCAGUUUCUCACACAUCGGACACAUCAUUCACUUGAAUUUACGAGAUCAUUUACUUGAUUAUCGUUUCUUGAUUGGUGAAGUCUUGCUCGACAAAAUAAGGUCAUGUCGGACUGUAGUCAAUAAAAGUAACACUAUAAAUAAUACAUAUCGCAACUUCAGCAUGGAACUUUUAGCAGGGGACGAAGAUUAUAUUGUUACUGUCAAAGAAAAUCGAUGUAAUUUCGAAUUUGAUUUCUCAAAAGUUUACUGGAAUCCAAGAUUAUGUAAAGAGCACGAAAGAAUACUAAGUUAUUUGAAACAAGGCGAUGUCUUAUUUGACAUCUUCUGUGGAGUUGGACCAUUCUCGAUACCAGCAGCGAAACGCAAAACCAUUGUUUAUGCAAACGACCUGAAUCCUGAAUCAUACAAAUGGUUGAACCAUAAUGCAGAGAAAAAUAAAAUAAACAAUCAAUACUUUAAAUCAUACAAUUUGGAUGGUAAGGAAUUCAUUUUAACUGUGCUCAAAGAUUAUUUAUUAGAUCUAUGUAAUGAAAAAAGAAAGCUCGAUGAUAGUUCUCGGAUACACAUUACCAUGAAUCUACCAGCAUUGGCAGUUGAAUUUUUGAAAUAUUUUAAGGGUUUGGUGCGUAGUGAGAAUGUAAAUAAUUUGAAAAAUGAAAUUAUAGUUUAUGUUUAUUGUUUUGCGGCUACAAAGGAAAUUGCAAAGGAAAUGGUCUGUGAAAAUAUUGCCAUUGAUAUCUCAAAGAAUAUAAUUGAAGUGUUUGAUGUACGUAAUGUGUCUCCAAAGAAGGAGAUGAUGCGUGUUACCAUUAAGUUAACUAAUGAUAUUUUGUGCAUAAAUAGUGAUGAUCAUAGUGAACCUCCUUUGAAAAAGUUAUGUGUUGAAAGUAAAUAGUUGUUUCAAUGAAUAUUUCUACGUUUUAUAAUUAAAUUCUUAUACAACAGUGAAAA